AUGGACGUGGAAAGCGUGAUGGUGCUGUACAGGGACGACUCGGUGAAGGUGCACUACGCGGGGGGCUCCCUCUUGCUGUUGUCUCCUUGUUGCUUCGAGUACCUGUAUAAAGCGGCGUUCCCCGCCUCUGCUCACCCCUUCCAGCAGGCGGAGACCACCCGCCGCUGGGCUGCCUUCGUCGUCAGUGCCUACAGGCAUGUCCCUGCUAUGGCUGAUCUGACAAGAUGUAUAGAGAAUAGCAGUGUGAAGAUCUCAUCAGUAGAUGGUUAUGCUCACCUUUACCUGUCAGAAUUGCAGCAAGAAUUUACAAUAGAGUUCUUAUGCAAAAGAACCAACCAAGCCAAAGGACAAGAGAGAGAUGGAGUCCCUUUGUUUUACACAAAUUGUUCUUCUGAAUACACCUGGGUUACACAGCAUUGGUCUGUUUCCUCCUACCCAGAAGAAUGGAAAUACCCUUUGUCAUUGACAUUAGUGCACUAUAACUUACAUACUGUUAAGAAUAAGAAUCAAGAUACUGAAAAAUAUUCAUGCCCUCAGCUAAUUCAAAUUGUAUGGUGCCAGGGUGUGUUUUAUAGAUUUAUCCAUGGUAGGACAAACAUCACAGAAAUUUAUCCUGGUGAUGACUUUUUUAAGUCAGAGGGAACAUUUUUUGGGAACUACUUUGUACAUCAUGCAAUCCAGAAAGGAACAAAAAAAAGAGAAGAAAAGAUGUGUUCAGUAAACAGUCUACCUCCUCAUGUACCAGGAAAUCCAUACUCUAUAUCCUCCAUUAUUACUCAGGCAACCAAAAUGCUUCAGUACUGCUACAAGACUAAACUACCAUUAACUCAUAAUUAUCAUCUCUGCUGCUGGAAAAUG